CGCAGUGGGAGAGCGGCCGGCGCAGGGCUGGGCGCUGUUAGCUGCUAAGCUAAAGCUAAGCGGCCGAGACAAGGAAGCGGAGUUUCCGCCUGUGGAGGAGCUGAAAGGGAGAGGAGUGCUGACACCGCGAAGCCCUGAGGAGAGCAAAGAGAAAAAGCAAGCGAGCCAGUCGCCGGCUUUUGGAAAAGACUGGGGCCCGUCGGACGAAGCAGCCUCCUCUUGUUACCGGGCGGGCGGGCCGUCUGGCAGCUUCGCGGAGCGAGAGAGGGGUUCGGCGGAUGAGCCGGGGAGAAGGAGGCGGGCAGAGCGUUACGCGUAGGAGCGGGGCUUCAGCCAAACCAGCGGCAUGGCCAGGGACUACGAUUACCUCUUUAAGCUGCUGAUCAUCGGGGACAGCGGUGUGGGGAAGAGCAGUCUUCUUCUGCGUUUUGCAGACAACACAUUUUCAGGUAGCUAUAUUACCACUAUAGGGGUCGACUUCAAGAUCCGAACAGUAGAAAUCAACGGAGAGAAGGUGAAGUUACAGAUCUGGGAUACAGCAGGGCAGGAGCGCUUCCGAACCAUCACCUCUACGUAUUACAGAGGGACCCAUGGGGUCAUAGUAGUAUAUGAUGUCACCAGUGCAGAAUCUUUCGUCAACGUCAAACGAUGGCUGCAUGAAAUUAAUCAGAACUGUGAUGACGUAUGUCGAAUAUUAGUGGGUAAUAAGAAUGAUGACCCAAACUCUAAAGUAGUGGAGACAAACGAUGCCCAGAAGUUUGCAGAGCAGAUGGGCAUCCGCCUGUUCGAGACGAGUGCGAAAGAGAACAUAAACGUGGAGGAGAUGUUUAACUGCAUUACGGAGCUGGUGUUACGGGCAAAGAAAGAAUCUGUGGCCAAACAGCAACAGCAGCAACAGAACGACGUGGUCAAGCUCAGCAAGAACAGCAAACGAAAGAAAAAGUGUUGCUAGUGGAUCUUAUCUUAGA